AUGGUCGACACUCCGUGGGGCUCAACCGCCACCCCGAGCCCCCGCCCAGCUUCAACCAAGUCCGCCCAGUCCGCCCGCUCCUCCCGCGACCUCCCUCCCGACGACCAUGAGGAGGACGACGUCGAUGAGUUCCCGGAGGACGCGCCCCUCCUGGCCGGCGAGGACAACAACAACGUUGACGACGAUGAUUCCGACUCUCGCACCUCGCGUUCCCAGGCCGCCUUCUCGUUGUUGAGCUGUCUCCGUCGCCCCUCCAACACGUCAUCCGACACCCGCAAGAAGACUGGCCACCGUUGGCCCAGCACCGUGGCACUGUUGGUCUUAUGUAUCACCGUCGUCGUCAUCAUGGUCCUGGGCUUUGUUGUCCCUGCCGCUGUCCAGGAAUACGCGAACGAGGCCGUCGACGUCAAGCCCACCGGCCUGAGCUUCGAGUCGGUGAAAUCGGACGGCGUCUCGGUCAGGGUCCAAGCCGAUUUUAUCAUGGAUGCGUCGCGGGUACACAAGAAGUCGGUCCGUGAUUUGGGCCGCUUCAGCACCUGGAUUGCGAGGGAAAUCGAGAGUGGAGAGGCCCACGUCGAGGUGGUCCUGCCGGAUUACAGCGACAAGGUUGUUGGCAGUGCCGUCAUUCCGCCCGUCAAGCUCAGCCUUCGCAACGGUCACACCACUCACAUCAACAUUGUCGCCGACCUCCAUCCCGGCCAGUUCUCGAGCAUCAGAGAUGUUGCAAACGAUUGGAUGAGGGGCCGCUUGGGGAAACUAAAGGUCAAGGGCAAGGCAAAAGUACCUCUUAAAUCAGGCAUCUUCCCGCUGGGCACCCAAAUCAUCGAGGAGAUCAUGGAGUUUGAAGGCAAUUCGCUCCCUGAUGUUCCCGCUUAUAGGAUAGCCAAGCUCAACGUCCACGAGGUGGACCUGCCUCAUGGCCACCGAGGUCUCGAAGCCAACACUAGCAUUGUAGUCAAUAACGAUUAUCCUCUCAGACUCACUGUCCCGCCCCUUGGCUUUGGUAUCCUGGUCGGAGGCUGCUCGCCCUCGGACCCUCAAAUCAUGGUUGCCGACGCAAGGACCCAGGAGCUUCCUAUUGAGCCCUUCGAGAACGUUGAAGUCCACGUAGCCGGUUGGGUCAGGAAGCUGCCCGAUGCUCUGAUGGCCGCAUGCCCUAAUUCCAAACAAACCCCGUUAGACAUCCUCCUCGGCGACUUCAUCCACGGGCGUGAUGCCUACAUCUACGUCCGUGGAUCCGAUUCGCCAUCGGUUGACACGCCCAAAUGGUUGACUGAUCUCAUGUCCGACAUCACUGUCCCCGUGCCGUUCCCCGGCCGCCUACCUGAGAAUCUGCUGAAGAACUUUUCCCUGACCGAUGUCAAUUUCCAUCUUCCCGGUUUCUUUGCCGCACCUGACAGUCCCGAAGGCCAGCCCAGAAUCGACGCCAAGAUCAAGGCCCUGGUCGGACUUCCCGAUGAGAUCAACUUCCCCGUCGAUGUCGACAAAGUGCGCGCUGAUGCAGACAUUUUCUACCACGGCAAGAGACUCGGCAAUCUUGACCUCAGCAAAUGGCAGCCCGCCAACGCCACACGCAUCGACUCGAAAGAUGAGGAUAAAUCAGGCCUGCUGGUCGAGGCAGUGGUCAGAGAUGCACCUGUGAACAUCACCGACCAAGCUGUUUUCUCUGAAGUGGUUUCAGCGUUGUUGUUUGGUAGUAAGAGUGUGAACCUAAGCGUGAAGGCCGAGGUGGACGUUGAGAUGGUCACGUCGUUGGGCACCUUCAAAGUGCGCAAGAUCCCCGCCGAGGGCGUCGUGCCGGUCAAACCAAUCGGAUCCGGUGACGGAAGCGGCCACGGCGGCGGAACGGGUGACAUGUUCAAGCGUGUUGCGCCCAAGUUCGGGAACUUGAAAAUCCUGGACACGGGACCCAGCUCCAUCAGGUUCCAGGCCGAGGUCAACUUCACGAAUCCGACGAAUUACUCGGCCACGGUGCCGUACACGAACAUCAACAUCCUCACCAACGGCACCGCCAUGGGUCAGGUCACGGCGGAGAACCUGACCGUCGUGCCGGGGAACAAUACGGGAGUGUUGGUGCAGGCGGUUUGGGACCCGUUGAAGAUGAGCGGAGAAGAGGGAAGGGCUGUGGGCGUGGAUUUCCUGUCCCGGUGGCUUUCUGGAUUCAACACCACGCUGGCAUUGCAGACGCACAGGAACACUAUUCCGGCGCAGCCGGCACUUGGCGAGGUGCUUUCGAGGUUGAAGCUGAGCCUACCGACGCCGAAGUUGAGACAUGGUGAUGAUGACGAUGGCGAUGGGGCCGACGGGGACAAGCCACGAUUCAUCAAAGAAGCUACGAUGCACAUCCUCUCCUCGACCGCCAUCUUCACGCUCUCGUCGCCGCUGCGCGAAUCCACCAUCUACAUCACGCACCUCAACGCGACCGCGCGCUACCACGGCGAGCCCGCCGGCCGCAUCGUGCACGAGCUGCCCUUCGCCGUGCCGCCGGGCCUGUCGCAGACGCCGCGGCUGCCCGUCGACUGGUCGCUCGGCAGCGUCGGCUACGACGCCAUCAAGAAGGCGCUCGGGGGCCAGCUGCGGCUGAAUGCGACCGCCACCGUCGGGAUCAAGUUGGGGAGGUGGGAGGAGAGGGUCUGGUUUGUGGGCGGCGGGAUCGGGGCGCAUGUGAGGUUGUGA